AUGGCGCCGCGACCGUACUACGAUGACCAGGGUCGCGCCCUGCCUUUCGACCAGGUGAUGCAGCUGGAAAAGAUAGAUGACAGAACAUUCCGCUCAGUGACCAAAGCGUAUUCACCCACUGGGGGCGAGAACGGGACGUAUGGCGGCCAUGUGUACGCACAAGCAGUAUGGGCUGCGGCACAAACAGUGGACGCUGGGUUUUUGAUCCAUAAUGUCACCGGCUGGUUCACACUAGGCGGCCGCCCCUCCGAGCACUUUGUCUACUCCGUGCACAAGAUUCGUGAUGGGGGCAAUUACUGCACCAGGAGCGUGACUGUGACGCAGGCAGCUGAGAAGGGAACGAUGUUUACAUGCACCUGCUCGUUUAAACGCGAGGAAUCAUCGUUGGUAGACUACCAAGAUAACUGCGAUAUAAAAGCACGCUUCCACGAUGUUUUGAAAGGAAAGGAAGAUGACCCCAUGCAGCACGACGCCGCACCAAGUCAAGACUCAGCUUUCUUCCGAGAAACAUACCUGCCCCAACAUCCAGAGCACUUCAAUCCCAUAGCAGGACUGCACUUAAGGAAAGUAGAUAUGCGGGCGUACAACGAUACGCGUGCGCCUAUCGACCGGAGACAACUCACUUUUUACUCGCUCAGAGGUGAGCUGCCGUUAGCAACGGCGCCGCAUCCAAUACCACUAAGAGGCGGCUUCGAGAUGACAAGAGAAGCGAAUCUACACGCCUGUGCGCACCUCUUCGCAUCAGACCGCAACUCCCUGUUCAUCAUCCCGAACCAUCUCGGCCGCGCACGAGAGUUCUCCCGCAUGGCGUCACUGGCGCAUACUGUGAUUUUCCAUGUCGGGAUCAGAGAUUUGAUCAUGCCGCCUGAGCCUCGCAUCGCGCAUGCGAACGCUGUGCCGACGUUAUUCGAAGACGGGGCGUUGCCCGUGUGUAACCUUGAGGGGGGCAGGGGCGACAGUGACGGGCGGAAAUGGUUCGUGCAGGAGUCGUGGGUGACGAGGGCGGCGGGUGGCAGGGGGUUGCAUACGAGCCGCAUGUGGGACUAUGAGAGUGGGACGCACGUUGCGACGACGAUGCAAGAUGGGUUGGUGCGGUUUAAGGCUGGGGCUAGGCUUUGA